CGCUGUCAGCCAUAUUAGGAGAGGUUGAGAAGUCAGAUUUGUUUAAAACGCAAACUGGAGUUUAACAGAGGUCCUGAAGGCAUGUUUGUGUAUUUAUUUAUUUAUCUAUUUAACUGUGACGCGCAAUAGCGAGAGUAAACAGUGUGAAACUUUAGAGAUCUGAGAAGUCACACCGCCCCACCCCCUCUGCUACUGGUUUUGCACAGGGGCAUUGCGUUUAUUUUUUUAAACUGUGCAAUCAAGAAAAAUGGGUGAAGAAAGAAGGUAACCUCUUGUUGCUGGACCAAUAGCAUUCUUCCUCUUCUCUCCCAGGAUGGACCAGGACUAUGAGCGACGUCUCCUUCAACAGAUUAACAUUCACAAUGAGAACGCCAGCCCCUCUACUCCAGAAGUCAGACGGACCCUGACCCCCAUGAACUCGCCCAUGUCCUCCCCCAGUAAACACGGAGACAGAUUCAUCCCAUCCAGGGCAGGGGCGAACUGGAGCAUCAACUUCCACAGAAUAAAUGAAAAUGAGAAGUCCCCCAGUCAAAACAGAAAAACAAAGGAUGCAACAGCUGAUAACAGCAAAGCGGAUGGUCUUGCCUAUUCUGCCUUGUUAAAGAACGAGUUGCUGGGGGCUGGGAUCGAGAAGGUGCAAGACCCCCAGACAGAAGACAGGAGGUUACAGCCCUCCACCCCAGAGAAGAGAAGCCUUUUCAGUUACUCCCUCAGUGCCAAGCGUGCCAGUCCGGAUGAUGGAAAUGACGUGUCACCCUAUUCAUUAUCCCCUGUUAGCAGUAAGAGCCAGAAACUGUUAAGGUCCCCGCGAAAGCCAACGCGGAAGAUUUCUAAGAUCCCGUUUAAAGUGCUUGAUGCCCCAGAGCUCCAGGACGACUUCUAUCUAAACCUGGUGGACUGGUCAUCUCUCAACGUGCUCAGUGUGGGGCUGGGCACCUGCGUCUACCUGUGGAGUGCUUGCACCAGCCAGGUGACCCGUCUUUGUGACCUGUCAGUGGAAGGAGAUUCUGUUACGUCUGUUGGCUGGUCGGAAAGAGGGAAUCUGGUUGCUGUUGGAACCCACAAGGGCUUUGUACAGAUCUGGGACGCAGCAGCUGGGAAGAAGACCUCAACGUUGGAAGGGCACACUGCUCGAGUGGGUGCUCUGGCCUGGAACGCGGACCAGCUCUCCUCUGGCAGUCGGGACCGCAUGAUUCUGCAGCGGGAUAUCCGUACGCCUCCACUGCAGUCAGAGCGCCGGCUGCAGGGACACAGGCAGGAGGUGUGCGGCUUGAAGUGGAGCACCGACCACCAGCUGCUUGCCUCUGGAGGCAAUGACAACAAGUUGCUAGUGUGGAACCACUCCAGCACGAUCCCGGUGCAGCAGUACACAGAGCACCUGGCUGCAGUGAAGGCUAUCGCGUGGUCCCCACACCAGCACGGGCUCCUGGCCUCUGGCGGGGGCACUGCUGAUCGCUGCAUCCGCUUCUGGAACACCCUGACUGGGCAGCCCCUGCAGUGCAUAGACACGGGCUCCCAGGUCUGCAACCUAGCCUGGUCCAAACACGCCAACGAACUGGUGAGCACACAUGGCUAUUCUCAAAACCAGAUCCUGGUGUGGAAAUACCCUUCGUUAACACAGGCUGCCAAGCUCACCGGGCACUCGUACAGAGUCCUGUACCUGGCAAUGUCUCCAGAUGGAGAAGCAAUAGUAACGGGAGCAGGGGAUGAAACGCUGAGGUUUUGGAAUGUAUUUAGCAAAACACGCUCAACAAAGGAAUCUGUAUCUGUUUUAAACCUCUUCACUAGAAUACGAUAAAACUGGACCGAACAAUUCAGAAGAUUUUACUGGGAAUACAACAGGGGGGGAAACCCACAUGCAUGAUGCGCUCUCUCUGUAUUUCUUUUGAAAAAAAGAAAAAGCCAGUCAAGGACUUUGUUUCAUCUGUGUUUUGUUUGUUUACAAAAAGACUGUUUCAGGACCGGGGUUUAAAUCAGGUUCGGGAUGAAAAUUAAUAAUAAGACAUCAUUAUAGUUUUUAUAAUUUGCAAAGUGUGCAAAAAGUAUUGAUUCUCUUAAAAUCAAGGAGAAAAUGUGUAAUUAUAUUGCUGGCUAUUCUCAAUGUCAAAGUACGUCAUGGAUAGACGAUCCAAUGAUUUGCUUUUUUUUUUUUAAAAAACAUAAAAAGGGUUUUUAAGUUCAAACUAUGAACCUGACGUUUCUUAGUACUUUUUUUUUGUUUAGCAUUCCCAGUUUUGAAGCCUGUGAUAAAUCAUUUUCAGUGGAGGAUUCCGUUAACAGAAAAGCACUUGUUAUUAAAAGAUGGGGACGGUACUAUUUGGUCAUCAGUGUCUUGAUAAUGUAGUGAAUGCACCUUCCGUUGCUCGCUCUGCUGUAAGUGUGCUCUUUGUCUAGUCUCUCUUGUCCAGGACAGUUUUGAGUUGGUGUUUGUAAAUAUAGUUGAUAUUGGUGAAUUUAAGAAGGCACAGCUAUCAGGUUUCAGAUACACAAGAUAAGUAUUCAGAACUGAAGACCCGGUGAAGGUCCAAUUUGAGUUUUACUUUGUGGUUUAUUUUUUGGUAAACCGUCAAGUGCAAGGCUGUCUCCUAGAUUUCA